AUGAGGGAUCGGCCCGUAAUCAGCAUCGAAAAGUACACCAUAUACUGCGGCGAUGCUGGUGAGAACAAAGUAGGUGGCUGCGCGAUAGCUGUGAGGAACGGUUACAAGAACCUGGUGGAGGAAUUUGGCUCAACGUCGUCUAGAUGCGCCUUUCUACGACUGCAAGAUCGCAGAGGACGUAAACUCUGGAUCGUAAGUGCUGACGCAACUACGGAAACCGCUGAGGACAAGGACGCCUUCUAUGAUAAACUCAAUGCGUUGAUGUCUAAAAUACCAAGCCAGCAGGUGGUCAUUGUCGGAAUCGACGCAAAUGUGAAGAUGGGACUCGAACAACAAUCCGAUGUGCUACCAUAG